CAUUUCUGAGCUUCACAGGUUCUUUAUUCCUUUACUUGUUUAUCCUCUGCAGACUGUUUGAGAGUCAUCCCAUCUGUUGCCUACCUGAACCAAGAAUCAAAUCCUAGAGUAGGACUGUGCUGUACUACUUGGUUGGAGAUCUACUGAUAUCCUAGUAUUGGGAAAGACCUAACAGAUCGAGCAUGAAAUUGUUGAGGAAGAAAAUUAACACAUCCUUGGACUCCUGAAGGAAGAGCUUUCCGGAUGGGACCACAUUCAAGGGAGGAGUGAAAAGCAGAUUCACAGAGAUCCAUCACUGACACUUGAAAGGAAUUUCAUGUGCUUGGUGGAGAUGGAAAAAGAAGAAAAGCAAGUUGGUUUCUUGGAGAAAGAAGGCAGCACAUACUUAAUGGAACUUUAUUUCUGUGGAACCAUGUUUUGAGUGCUCCUCCUAGACAUCGUCCGUGAAUAUUCUAGAUAUCAGCAGAUGGAUAUCAGCAGAUUGAUAUGAUUGGAAACCUGGCUCAUCAAACAGUAUACACUGGGAGAAGCCUGCUUAGAAUAAGACAUUUUCUCUUGUUUCUGAAAGUCUGUGAGAAAACACUAUAGACAUCUACCUGUUUUUUUCUUAAUUCUGCAUCUGGAUUCAGCAAAGCCAGUCUUUGAAGUGAAUAGAACCAGAGCCUUUUUGGAAACUUUUAUUGAACAUGACUCAUGGAGAAGAGCUUGGCUCUGAGAUGCACCAGGAUUCUGUUGUUCUAACUUACCUAGAGGGAUUACUAAUGCAUCAAGCAGCAGGAGGCUCAGGUACUGCAGUUGACAAAAAGUCUGCUGGGCAUAGUGGAGAGGAUCAAAACUUUAAGAUUUCAGGAAAUAUAUUUCCCAGCUGUCAAAGUAAUGGUCCAGUUCUUAAUACAAGUACAUAUCGGGGAUCUGGCAUGCUGCACCUCAAAAAAGCAAGACUGUUGCAGUCUUCAGAAGACUGGAAUGCAGCAAAGAGAAGGCGGUUGUCUGAUUCCAUUGUGGAUUUAGAUGGGAAAAAGGAAGCUUUGUUGGCUGGCAUGGUUGAAAAUGUGCCUAAAGGCAAACAGGAUAGCACAUUACUUGCCUCUUUGCUUCAGUCAUUCAGCUCUAGGCUGCAGAGUGUUGCUCUGUCACAGCAGAUUAGGCAGAGCCUUAAGGAGCAAGGGUAUUCCCUUAGCCACGAUUCCUUACAAGUGGAGAAAGAUUUAAGGUGCUAUGGUGUUGCAUCCAGUCACCUGAAGACUCUGCUGAAGAAGAGCAAAGCAAAAGAUCAGAAGCUGGACAACAGCCUGCCCGAUAUAACAAAGAACCUGCCCAAAGAGAGGUUUAUAGAAUCCCCUCAUGCAGUGCAGAGCGGACCCAAAGUGAUAAAUGAGCCCCUGUCAUGUGCUGCAAGGUUACAAGCUGUUGCAAGCAUGGUGGAGAAACGAUCCAGUCCUGCUGCUUCACCGAAGCCCAGCGUAGCGUGCAGCCAGCUAGCUCUGCUCCUUUCCAGCGAAGCUCACUUGCAGCAGUACUCCAGGGAACACGCUUUAAAAGCACAAAAUGCCAACCAAAUCGCAAGCGAGAGACUUGCGGCCAUGGCCAGAUUGCAAGAGAGCGCUCAGAAGGACAUGGGCCAGUUCGGUCUGGCAAAAGGAAUGACAAGCCAUCUCAAUGGUCAAGCAGGAUCAUCACCCAAACCAGUUUCUAGCAAAAGCAAUAUGGCACCGUUUCAGAGUUCAGUGGGAGUCAUGCAUUCGCCUCCCAAAAGUGGGGGAUAUAAAAGUACUUUGGAAAGGAGUAACGUGAAAACCUCUCCCAGCAAUAGUUUGCUCUUGCAUCUGCUGAAGAGCCAGAAUACCACCAAGCAUGUGAAAGGGCGUGAGCAGAGUGAGAGAGCCAGCAUUUUUGAAGACAGUAGCACACCAACAACUGUUGAUGAGUACUCAGACAACAAUCCUAGUUUUACGGAAGACAGCAGCGAUGAUGAAAGCUCCCAUUCUAACUGUCUUCCUAUAGACCUAUCCUUUAAACAGAGGACAGAUAAAACAGAUGCAGGUCCACCUGCAUCACUGGAUAACCUGACUCAGUCCUUGCUUCAUAACUGGGAUCCAAAAGUUUCCUGUCCAGAGAACAAGGAAGAGAAAGACACUCCGAAAGCUUCUAAGCUGAAUCCCCAUCAGAAAGUAACCCUGCUUCAGCUGUUACUUGGGCAUAAGACUGAAGAACAGGUAGACAAGAGUAAUGACCCUCAGGGACCACACAGUGCAGCUGAUGUGGCAAAAUUCACUGUUCAGACUGGGAAAAGGACUCCUGUUACUGACAGUCCCAGUGCAAAUCGAAUGACUCCAUUAAGCACUCCACCUUUGCUGGCUUCUACAAAAGCAGACUCUCCUAUAAAUCUCUCUCACCAAUCUCUAGCCAUCAAGCGCAGCUCACCACCGUAUGCCUGCAGCCUCCAGCCGGACAGACUGAUGAAUCCCGCAUCCAAACAUUUGAUAGACCUGUCUAAAAGCAAAGAAAUUCAAGGACCCAAGCUGAGCAGGAAUGACAGUCCCCAGAACUCUUCGGCAUUCAGUGCCAGCAAGCUGUUGCAGAACCUGGCUCAGUGCGGCAUGCAGACUUCCAUGUCGAGUGAAGAACAAAGAGCCAGCAAACAGCUGCUAGCAGGGAACAUGGAUAAACCUGUGGGUUUGAUUGAUAGAUUGAACAGCCCUCUGCUUACGAAUAAAUUGAGUACGCAUGAAGAAAAUAACAAAAUAUUCAGUUGUCAGCCUGCGCCCGCGGAACAAGGACUGCCAGGUUCGGAAAUAGAAAAUCUCCUUGAAAGGCGCACUGUCCUUCAGCUGCUUCUGGGAACUCCCAAUAAAGGUAAAAGUGAAAAGAAAGAGAGGAUUCUUUCAAGAGAUGAAAGUUCUCAAGAACAGACGGAUAAGGCUUUGAAUGAGCAAAUAUUGACGGUGAAAAUAAAAACUGAACCGUCUGAAGAACCUCAUGUUCCUUAUAAUUCAAAUGCACAACAAGUAAGAGAGUGCAAGGGUAACAAAUUUCAAGGUUUUGUUCAUUCACUGCAGAGAAACACAGCUGCUUCUCCGGCAUCCGAGGAGUUGAAAUCUGAGCCUCUUUCACCUCAAGAUUUCUCUUUUUCCAAAAAUGGCCUCCUAAGUAGGUUGCUGAGACAGAAUCAAGAUAGUUACCCUGCAGAUGAGCUGGACAGGAGUCACCGAAACAACGAGCUGACACACCUUGAAUCCAAGAGCCUUUGCACAGUACCUAAGAAGAGGAAGCUUCACGCUGAGCCUUUGGAAAGUCCAUUAAAAAAGAUGAAAAGUAAUGUGUCUGAUGCUGCAAACAAUCACGCUUCUCCUACCGAGGCGCUGUAUGGGCCUUUGCUUAACCAGCAAGAACUGAAAUUCAGCAGAAGUGAUGCUGAAUUUAAAUAUGCUGUAAGUCAUGGUUCAAAUAGUGAAACUGAAAAUAGGAGUUGGUCUAGAGAUAGUAAAGGCUUUAAUGUGUUGAAACAGCUGCUUCUCUCAGAAAACUGUGAGAGAGAUCUGUCACAACAUAGGAAUAACAUACUAACAGAGGGCAAGAAAAAAGGAAACAAAACCAGUGCAACAAUUAAUAAACCUGAAUUCACCAUUUCUUCAGUAAGAUCGUUGAUGGGAAGCCCUGUGCAGCAGAAUAAUUGCGUAGAUCAUAGAACAUUUCAGUAUCCUGUAGCAGUAAAGAGCCCUGCCAGUUCCCCCUUCCCUGAACAUUUGGGGAAUACGGUAUCUAGACUCGAGUCUGACCAGUUUAGCAUGUGUUCUAUGCCCAGUGAAAAGGGGCCCAUCAGAUGGGUGAUCACAGGCAUGGACAAGAAUGAUUAUGAGAAAGACUCUCCGAGACUGACCAAAACCAAUCCAAUAUUGUACUACAUGUUACAGAAAGGUGGCAACUCUCUUAGUAGCCAAGAAGCACAUGACAAAGAAAUUUGGAAUGAACCUUCAUUUACUGAGAAUUCAACUCAUGUUACAAUCAAAGAGGAGUUGCCAUCUGACACAGAGCUUAAAACUCCUUUUAGUAACUUAAGAAGCCCUUACAACAGCCAUAUGGGGAGUAACACCUCUCAUCAACAUGGUGGUGUGAAUGGAGAAUUGCAUGGACUUCUGGAAAAAGUGCGAACAAUCAAAAAAGAACCAGAAUAAACUGCAGCCUCCUCAGUGAGUUUACAAUCAGCGGUUUUGAAUCUUUGUUAAAAAAAAAAAAAAAGAAAAAAGAAAAAUGAUUAUCAACUUGACUACUGUAUAAAUUGAGCAUGAUUUUAAAAAAGCAUGGUCUAAUUGAAACAUGUUUUCAUUUGAUAAACUUUUUAUUUUUCUGGUGAUGUUAUUUAAAAUACAUGUAGAUAAACUUUGCUUUACAGUAGAUUGUCACAAGGAAACUAGAAAGGUUGUAAUUUGUACAAGAUGUUUCUGUAUGUAUCAGAUUAAGUUAUGAGUACUCUUUAAUCAGAGUCUUAUUUGGAUCUGCAAGGUUUUGGUAUAACAAAGUGUAAGCAUACAGCCUAGGUGGUGGUAAUGCUGCGUUUCCUCCCUCCCUGUAAAAUAAUCCUUAUUUUUUUGAAAGCCUGAGCAUAGAGACAGCAUACUUUUUUUUUUUUUUGAAUGUUUAAUAUGUUUUGUGACAUUUUAAGAAUAACUGUUAAGAAACAGAGCAGUCCGUCCAAGGUAUUAGCUCAUCAUAUUGGAAAACCUGCGUCAGUGUUAAUAAUUGAAGUGCACUGAAAUGUAUUUUUUAGUGCUUCCAAAAUUUGUAUUGUUAUUUUUAAAUCUUGUUUGUGGUCCUGCCAGAAUAGUGGUGUAAAAUCUAUUUUUCUUCCUUGCCCUGCUCUUGACGAAUGCCUUCCUCAGAAUUCUUAGCCAUAGUUAUGAGUUACUAGUUAUGAUUAAGGGUUUUUUAUAGGUUUUUAUAAAAAAGGCAGAUUUUCACAGGCCAUGCAAGUACUGCAUGAGUCCUUUUGUCGGCACAUUCCUGUCACUUCCCUGCUGAAAAGGGGAAAGCCAAAAUGCCUCUUGGAGUAGUGGAAUUGAGAAGGCUCAGUACAUGUAUUUGGUAAGGAAAAUGGUGGAAAGCCUGUGAAGCGGAUGAGCGGAAUUGUCUGUUCAGCACCAUCCUGCUUCCCUGCAGAAGAACACCAACUGUGCUAAAGCAGCACAUCAGGCUUCCACUCAAAGAUGGAAUAGGAUUUUAAUGAAAAAUGUGUUGGCCUCUUCCUACAACCAGGGAAAAGAAUCCAUAAUCUGCCAAUAUUUAUUACUCUCUCAACAGCUGAUGCAUGGUUUAAUGCAUUACCCUUUCACUGCAGAAAACCUGGUUUUAGAAUAAUUUUCCAGGUUGCACCGAGGAUAAAACUGUGGUUUUGUCAUGUUCUGUAAUGGAUAGUGGGACACGUCUGAGAAAUCCUCCUCUGCCCUUUUCCUCAAUCCCCACCUGUGCUGUGAUUUGUAACAUCUGGCAAUAUCAGCCUGAGAUGGGAAGAACUGAAAAUUGCAGUCAAAGCUGAGACACCUUAAAAGAAUUGCUGGCUGGGGAAGAGCUGUGAGGCGCCACUUUCCUGUUAGCGCUGUCAGUGUGAACUCCAUUUGCAGCCCUUAUUUCUCAUGAGGGAGGAGGAGGACAAAAUCCAGUUCAGUUCCUCUAAAUUACGUGAAUUAUUGGCAAACAGAAGUUUUGCUGAAAUUUUUACUCCCCUGGAAAAAAACUUGUUCUCUGUGGCUUCUUAAUUUCACUGAUAAUCCCCUCUCCUAUCAGCAAACAGCUGAGUAGUUGGCUUGCACGGAUAAAGAAAGCCACACAGUUUUAAUUUUGACUGUCUUCACCAUUGAGAGCCAAUGACAUGACAAAACUGCUCUUUCUGUCCAUCUCGUGUCCGCGUAGCAGAGAUGAGUGAUGGGGUGUUUUGCUCUUUUCCUGUCUGAUUUGGUUUCACAGAGACCCUUUUCCCACACUACUGGCUUGCUGAGGCAGAGUGAGCUGUUAUUCCCCCUCUCAUCCCUGUCCCCAGCCCAGGAUCAGUUCCUCCUUUUCCCAGUGCAGUUCCUACUGAAAGGGACUUCUCCUGUCUGCCAGCUGGAAAAUGCACCACUAUUCUGUUUUGUCUCCCCCCCAGGGGAUACCUUCUUUUAGGGAACACAAAUAUUUGGCAGUAUCCGAUAUAAAACAUUCCCCCUGGUUUUUAUGAGAAAUAACAGAGCAAUUUAAAGAUAUAUUUUUAUGUUAUUUCGGUGAAGCAUAAUAUAUUAAUGGGCUGUACAAAGCAGAUUUAUAUUUUAAAACCUUCACACAAAUCUAAUAUCAUUUUAAAUGUCAUUGUUUGAAGUAUAAUAUAAAAAUAAAAUUUUGUUUGUUUCUAAUAUUGCAUUUAUAAGUGGCCCAGUGACAAUUCAGAUGUCUCAUAGAAUAAUCAUUAAUGAGAUAAAGUAUAUUUUGGAUUGACAGUGGAACUGAAUUCUUUUUAUAUGAGUCAACCCAGCAGAAAUAUUAAAAAGAUGGUAUUUGUUCCAUCCAUUAAAUGUCUUUUAAAGUCUUAAUUGAUUAUUUUUAUUGAAACAAUGUGUAUAUAGGUAGGAAAUAUAUACAAUAUAGAAUAAUAGAUGUUCCCCGGAGUAAAUACAGGGUUAUAAUUUACUUGAAGGGCUCCACGAAAAAGUGCAGCUUGAGUGGACAUGGAAUAAUCUGGUCGAAAAAACUUCAUCAAAGUCAAGUUGACAUGAAAAAUAGAGAUGAGAAUCUGACCCUAAAAAAAGUUAUAUUGGAGUCUAGCAGUGUGCUGGCCUAUGUAUUUAUUCUAGGGUAGUCUAUUGUUAUAAUAUAUACUUUUGAACAUUUAGUUUGGAAGGUUUUAUAAAAUGCUUAAGUUAAAACGUUAACAGUUUGACCAGUUAAGGCUUUACGUUCUUUUUAGGUGAUGUUAACAAAAGGGUAUUGCCAUUCUCACAGACGUCAGUAAACUAUAAUAUACAAGAAUUUAAGUUUAGGACAUGCCGUUCAUGGAAGAAUCUUGCCUCUUGCAAACAUUGCAAUCUCAAGCAGCAGGUAACACAAGGACCUUGAGAGAGGACAGGACAUGCCAAGGGAGUGCUCUCAGUCAGCUGCUGGGAGGGCACCAGUCUCCUAUAUGAAAUUCUCCAGUACCACUGGUGUUGCCCCCUCCCUAGGGAAGAGAAGUCUUCUUUAAAUUUACCCCAUCCACAUUUACAGCCUUUAAACCUUAGGACCAAAGGCUCUUUAAUCAUUUUUUGUCUCGUAACAUGGGUAAAUAAAAAGGAGUCACUAGUUUCCUUGGGGACUUUUCCACCAGAAAAGAGGGGUGCAGGAACUGGGUUUGCUGCACCAGCAGAUGGACUGGAGGGCUGGCUGUGUUUUCCCAAGCAACUCAAAUAUCCAUGAUUUCCACCAUAUAUGAAUUGCAAACCAGGGUCAUCUUGGUACUCUCAGCACCUCCUAUCUCCCCCAGGCCAUUAGACCAUAGAUUUGAAGGGAAAUGGGGUCCUGUCAGAUACUGGCAGCAGCAAAGCAGUGUAUAAGCAGUAUAAGCAAAGCAGUGCAGGAUUGAUGGGUGUUGAUGUGUGAUCUCACCACCGAAGGGGCAGGGAGGGAGGGGAGAAUGUAUCCCAGUUGUGGCUGGGUGAGACUGCGGGAGGGAAAGUUGCCUCCACCUCAGAGCAGUGAAGAAGUGAGUUAGGGAUUUGUCUCUAAACCUGAAUUAACUUUAACCUCACUUAACUGGGCAGGGUUGCAGCACUUGGGUUGCUAAGUGCCCUAUCUACAGGUGCAUGCACUUGGCACAUAGCGCUCAAGCCAGAUAGAUUUGGGGAUUGACUUGUAGUCACCAUGCAGAUAUGCCUUUUUUUUUUCCAGAGGGAAGUGUACAGGACUCAGAUAACCAGAUUUUUAGUGUCUCCUCUGCCAAAGUUUGAGGAAAUGAUGGGGGGUAACACAUGACCACAGAAUCAAAGGUGUUUUGCUGCAGGGCUUCUCUGCUGAUACCACAUAACCAGGAGUCUCAGUGGGAGAAGUUUAUAAAUGUUAUGAGAUCAAAAGGGAAUUCAGCCAUAACUUUCACUUUUCUUAGCCAUUUACUCUUAGUAAUGUUUUUAAAUUUUUGAUUUACAAAUGUUUUUAAAAGAAAGAAAUGAGUGGUUUAAAUUUUCCCUGUUAAAUGUUGGUGAAAGUAUUACAGCUCUCAUUGACGUCAGUGACAUGAUAUUACCAGUUUGUUCUCUGCCACAUCUUACAGAGGAGUAAACUGGUAAGUAUAUAUUAUAUAUAUUUAUAUAUAAUGUAAAUAUGUUGACUUGUUACACCUAUAAUAUGUUGAAAUUGGUUUUUAAAAGGUGAUGUAAAUAGUGGUUUCCUUAAUGAAAAAUACAUAUUUUGUAUUGUUCUAAUGCAAAGGAAAAAAAAAAAACCUUUUAAUCUUUUUUGUUAUGUAUAUUCCAUGUAUAAGUGUAAAUAUGAUCACAUAGGUUUAAAAACUUUUGCAUGUAUGUAUACAGUUGCAAGUCUGGAAGAAUGUAUAGAAAAAUACUUUUAUUUAAAGUUGUGAUUACCUGCUGCAUGAAAAGUGCAUGGGGGACCCUGUGCAUCUGUGCGUUGGCAAAAAAAAAAAUGUCUUAACAAGUCAGGUCAGUUCAAAACACAACAGUAUUCCACUUCUGGACAUGACUUCUGCUGUGGUAUUUUAGCUUUGUGAAAGAAUGUGCUUCAAAUCAAAAGGGUCUGGGGAAAAAAAAAAAGCAAAACUACUUUUAAAACAUGAAGUGCUCAUACAACUAUAAUCAGUCAUGUAAGUUCAGGACUCCAUUUUGCGUAAUUGAAAUAUUGUACCAGGACUAUUCCAUCCCUGUAAAACAAAGGAAUAUUGGUUUUCAUUGCCAUACAUAAGAAUUUGGGAUUUUGCCACAACCAGUUUUAUUGUGAUGUGUCUUCAGUAAUUUAUCUAACUGGUCUCAUUUUUUUAUUAGAAAUUAAUUUCCUCAUGUGAUGUCACAAAACUGUACAUACUGCAGUGUGAAGUUUUUUUAAAUCUUUCAGUGUUUACUUCCUGCAGAAGAUUUGAAUAAAUGAGAAAAAUGCAUUGU